GUUUUGCACGCGCUAUCUGGAAAUUCAGAAACCGAGGUUGGACGAUCGCGUGGACACCGUCAAUAACCAAACAUUUUUCCACCCGUUAUUUGCAUCAUGCACUUCCGGACAAUUUGCCUGCUGAAUGUGGUAGUUAUGGCGCUAGCCGCGGACAAACCGAUCGCCAUCGUCAGUCAAAGUCAAGAUAUAAGUCCGGAUGGAAGUUUUUACUCGAAAUGGGAAACCGCUAAUGGCAUUGCCGUCGAGGAAGAGGGUGUUUUGAAGAAUCGUGGUCAAAAGGACGCGGAAGCCGAAGAAGUUCGCGGCUCGGCCUCGUGGACCGCUCCGGAUGGUACGAAAAUCAACCUCGGCUGGUUAGCUAACGAAAACGGUGCCACAUUUCAAGGGCCGCAUCUGCCAACGCCACCACCCACGCAACCAAUACCCGUUCUCAUCCAGCGUGCCCUCGACUGGAUAGCCGCACAUCCCUCCAAAGACGCGAAAAACGGAUUGUAGUUUUCCGUUACGUUUCGUUCUCAAAAGGACAGUAUCGCGCGAAGAAGUCGACCGCGUGCUUUUUUCUCCGAAUGAUUUAAAGAAUUUGACUUUAUGUACGUACGUCUCUCUGGAAAUUUGAAUUCUCUUGCCUGGAAUUCACCGAAUUACGCUAUCCGUGUGUAAAUUGUUCGAAGAUGAUGCGACGAAGAAAAGCAUUUCGUAAGAACUAAGAUGUAAAACCUUUAGAUUAAACGUAUUGUAGAUCGAUGAACCGACGUUAUUAAUUGAUCGCCAUAAUAUAUUCGUACCUCGCUAUCGAUUAAUUAAAAGAUUGCUUUGUAAAUAACCUAAGUAAUAUAGUACUUUUACAGUCGAUUUAUAUUACAAUAAAGUCGUUUGUGCUCGUGCGACGAGUAUUCAACGGUAAUGAAGAAAUAAAUCGUGUUCGUGUAAAAUUAAGUGAAA